AUGGCUCACAAGACAACUUAUGAUACAGAGCGCAAUAACUCAGGCUCUGAAUUGGAGUCUUUUCUAGAUUCAGAGCCAUGUUCAGAUAAAUGGUCUACAAGAUCCAGGCAUUGGUUAUGGGAUGUUGGUCUCCUACUGAUUGCUUCGGGUUGGCUGAUUCCCGUCUUCACGCCGUUACCACAAUCCUCGUCCGCGUCCUCUCCAGCCGAGGGUUUAGUAUGGGAGAGGCCUCGCAACACCCCGCUUCCUCCUCAGGUCUUCGAGCGUGUCAAAAAGACGUUUGCGCCAGACGAAAGGUAUAUCGGACCCUCAAACACAACUCAUCAUAACUGGGAUCAUUUGGUUGCCGCUCAUGACGCCCUAUACAUCCCCGACGCCGAGAAGUUCGACUUGCCUAAGGGCAUUUUCCCUCCUUUUGACCAUCCGAACAAAAGCGGGCAGGGCCCUCCCGCGUUUUAUGUCGUGACCGUUUUGCACGAGCUGCAUUGCCUGAACAUAAUCCGCUUCCACUACUGGCAAGUGAAGGGCGUCACCCCCGCAACUCCUGGGUACUCGGAAGCGUCUUGGGAGGUCCACUUGGAUCACUGCUUCGAGUAUCUGCGACAAGCUAUUUCCUGCGGUUCUUCAUUCGCGAUUGAAGGCGCAUCUCCACUAGAAGACCCAAACGAUCCUGGUCAUCUGGCAUCUACUGUGACAGGCUGGGGUAUAGAGCAUAAUUGCAUCAACUUUGAGGCUCUUCGUGCCUUUCAGAUUAACCAAGAGAAAGUUUAUAAUGCCACGUGGGAGUAA